AUGAUUCAAGCACCAUCGUAUGGCAAUGGAUAUUCACAAUACAAUCGGUAUGGUGCUAAUGGAUAUGGCGGAUCAUAUGGUGCUAAUGGAUAUGGCGGAUCAUAUGGUGCCAGUGGAUAUGGUAAUACCUAUGGUGCCAGUGGAUACGGUAAUACCUAUGGAGGCGGAUAUGGAUCGACUUAUGGCGGAUAUGGCUCUUCUUAUGGCACAGGAUAUUCUCCAUAUAAUCGAUACGGAACCACAAUGGGCGGAUACAAUCGAUUUGGUGGAAUGGGAAAUCAAAUGAAUGGGCCUAUGAUGGGUCCCAAUGGAUUGCCCAUUCCCGAAGGUGAACUUCCUUUAACAGCUCGACUUGAGCAAUCAACCCAAGCGACAUUCCAGAUGCUCGAUCAGAUUGUCCAGGCUUUUGGAGGAUUUUCACAAAUGUUGGAAUCUACUUUUUUUGCUACGCAUUCGUCAUUUAUGGCCAUGGCUGGCGUAGCUGAGCAGUUUGGAAUGUUUAGGACGUAUUUGGGACAAGCGUUGUCAGUGUUUAGUUUAAUGGAGUUUAUUCGAAAUGGACUGAAUUGGAUCAGAGGAGUGUCGACAGAUCGUGGUAUACAAGGCAGUGAACAGAAUCAAUUACAGAAAUCAGGACCAAGUAAACGGCCAUUAUGGGUAUUUUUAGCCGUUGUGAUUGGGUUACCAUGGCUAAUGUCAAAACUCAUCUCUCAGCUACAUCCCAAUAGGAUAAUAGCAAAAAAUGGUGCUUCCACGAGUGUACAGUUGCAUCCAUCUCAGAUCCGUAAUUUAGAAUUCUGUCGAGCGACAUAUGCAUUCGCAGGGGAUGCACCAGGUGACCUUUCUUUACAACCAGGAGAUAUUGUUGCUGUUCUUGCACGAUCAGAUCCUGUAACUGGAGAAGCAACAGCGUGGUGGAGAGGACGGACUCAAGCAGGAGCAGUAGGAAUAUUUCCUGGAUCAUAUGUGGAGAUUCUACCUCGAAAAGACUCGCAUGCCAACACGGAUACUGUUCAAAGUAAUCCAUCGGCUCCAUUUUCUACAGAAUUUUCUACAACUCUACCUCAAGUCUAG